AUGGGGCAGCUCCAUGGGAAGGCUUCCUUCGUACAGGCCGGUCUCCCCUUCCUCAACAUCUCGGAGAAGGACGUCAACAAGUGCUGGGAGUCGUUCAACGACGUGGCCGAAGGCUUUGGCAUCAACAAGGCCGAGAUGAUCGACAUCUGCAGCCCGCUCCAAGACACGUUUGAGAUCAAAGCCAAGGCCGAGAUGGAGCGCAUCACAGCGCUGCUCUUCGAGGCCAUGGACACGGACGAGAACGGUCUCGUUGAUGCGCUCGAGUUUCUCGGCGCGCUCGCGCUCCUUAGCGCCAUGACGGUGCCCCAAAAGAUCACAUUCGUGUACAACUGCUACGACUUUAACGAAAGCGGCGAAAUCACCAUCGACGAGCUCACGCUCUCGAUGAAGUCGACGCUCACAGGUCUCUGCAAGCUCUCGAUUGCACGGCCUUGUCCGACCGAGGUCAUGCUCGAAGAGAUUGCCCUCCAGGCUUUUCAAAGCGCCGGAAAACACCCCGACAAGUACAUUACGCUGCCCGAGUUUAUCAAAUAUUGCGAAACCACGCCCGAAGUGAACGGGUGGGUCAACUUUUUCGAUGCGCCGCUCGAGCCCAUGGACUUGUACGAUCUCGGAGACAGCGACAUUGAGACCGAAGUCCAGACGCCACUCUACUCGGUGGACGAGAGCCUCCAGAUCGAUUUGGACACGCCCAACGACGCCGUGUACCAGUACGCGGCAAACGACGAGCCGGCGCUCACGCAGCCGUGGCAAAACACGGUUGCCAACGCUGCGCCAUCGUCCUCUUCAUCGCCCGAUGCAAGCCCGCUUCCGAGCUUGGAGCUCGACUGGAUCUACGGCAUGAAUUCGUCGCUGCGGCAAUGCCUCCAGUACGUUGCCACCAACGAGAUAGUGUACCCGGCCGCCAGUGUCGUCGUCGUGUACGACCACAUUGACCACAAGCAGCGGUAUGCGCAGUACCACUCGGACAUGGUGCUGAGCCUUGCCGUGCACCCGAACAAGCGCAUCAUUGCGUCCGGCGAGCGCGGUCGCCGGCCCCACAUUUGCGUCUGGGAUGCGACGUCGCUGGCCCUUUUGUGCACGAUCCGCAAUUUUCACACGCGUGGCGUCGCGCACCUUGCUUGGAUGCCCGACGAACGGACGCUCUUAUCGAUUGGCCUCGACGAUUUUCAUUCGGUCGCCAUUCACCAAUGGAGUGGCACUGACAUUCGGGGCAUGCCCACACUCCUCCACACGGAGCGCACGUCGCGCUACCAUGUGCUCGCGUUGCACGCCGUGACACCGAAGCUGUUUGUGACCUGCGGCCAGCGCCACGUGACUUUUUGGGCCCAAGAGAGCCUCGAAACAUCACCGGAAAUCGUAUUUACGAGCCGACAAGGGGUGCUCGGGAAGAAGGCGCGCAUGCAGACGCUCAUGAGUGCCACGUCCGUAAGCGAGAAGCUCAUUCUCACGGGCACGGUCCGCGGUGAAAUUUGGCUCUGGGAAGGCCGGAACGUCAUCAAAGUCAUUUACGCCCAUGCGUCGGCGGUCAACGUGCUCUAUGCGUUUGGCGGCGGCGUGCUUUCAGGUGGAAAAGACGGCAAAAUCCGCAUCUGGAGCAAACGCAUGGAGCCCGGUGCGCAGUUUGAUAUCAUGGCGCUCGGGAGCUUUCUCGGACGCAUCCGCAGCCUCGUGACCAAUACGGACGCGACCAAAGUGCUCGUGGCCACGGGCGGCGCCGAGAUUUACGAACUGAGCACAUCGGAUGGCUGCAACUUGCACUACGGCCCCCUUGUCUCGGGCCACUGCGCGCGCAAAUUGUGUGGCCUGGCGACGCACCCGACCAACCACGAGAUGUGCUCGGUGGGCGACGACAAAAGCAUCCGCGUGUGGGAUCUCGUGCACCACCGGAGCCUCCGCCUCGUGAACCUCGAAGCGCCGGCGCGCGCGUGCGUCUACUCACCGGACGCCAAGCUCAUUGCCGUCGGGUAUGGCUCAGAACUUGAGAUUCCCCCGACGCAAAAGCAGCUCAACGGCGCGUUUGCCGUGCUCAACGAGCCCAACUUGGCCGUCAAGUACGAAGGAAAAGACUCGAAAAAGUUCAUUUCGAAUCUCAAGUUUUCGAGUGACGGCACGACGCUCGCUGUGUGUACCGAAAAUGUCAUUUACAUGUACAACACGGACGACUGGGCGGCCAAAACCAUUCGGUUAGGCAAGUGCAAGAGCAAGGACCCGGCCGUCAUUUUCUCACAUUUCGACUUGAGUUCGACCGGCGAGUGGCUUCAAAUGGCCACCAACAAGGGCGAGAUUGUCUACUACGACACCAACUCGAGCGUCGAAAACACUCGACUUGGUGCGCUCAAGGACGUGCAGUGGGCCACGUUCACGUCCAUUUUUGGCUGGCCAGUGCAAGGUGUCUGGCCCUCCAAGAAGAAGAGCUACCACGUCACCGCGCUCAACCGUAGCCACAAGGAGCAGAUUGUCGUCGCCGCGGAUCAGUUUGGUCAUGUACGCGUGUACAAGUACCCGGCGCUGCCGUCGACCAAUCUCGUGUACCACCAGUACAAUGGCCACUGCGGCCGCGUGAGCCACGUUCAAUUUUCCCACGACGACCAGUUUGUCAUUACGAGCGGCGAAGACGAUCGGUGUCUCUUCCAAUGGCGUGUCGAAGCCGAAGUGCAAGACGGAACGCCACCCGAGUUUGAGUACCACGCCAACACGGACGACGAGUUGGAGGUGCCGUGCUCGUUUGAAAGUAGCACGCUGGACACGAUGCCUCGUAGAUGCAAGCUCCAAUCGAGCGGAUCCGACACGAGCACCAAUGCGGCCGAACCGGUCAAGCCUUGGGUCGGGAGUGCGAUUGCGCCAUCGAAUGCGGCACCCGAGCCGGACUCGACGAUGCCAACCGACCACAUGGAGAUGGAGUGGGUGUAUGGGUCUCAGCAACGCCUAGGACGCAUUGUCUACCCGGUCGCCAAGAUCGUCGUGGUAUUCGAAACGAAGAGCUGGUCCCAGCGCCACUUCAAGCAGCACCAAGACGAGGUGGUGUCGAUCGCCAUGCACCCCAACCUGGAAGUGAUUGCGUCUGGCGAAGUGGGCAAGUACCCGUCUAUCCACAUCUGGCACCACCACACGCUGGCGGUGUUCUCAACCCUUCGCGGCGUGCACAAGCGCGGUGUCGUUGAGCUCGCUUUCAAUGUAUCGGGAGCCGUGCUCGCGUCGGCCGGCACGGACGCGGAAAACACUAUUCUUUUGCACGACUGGGCCAACGGCCAGCUCCUCGCCCAAGUCAAAACGGGCGCCGCCAAGAUCCUCGGCCUCGGGUUCCAGCCCAGCACCAACACGAGUGCGUCCGGUGCCCGCGACGUCUCGUUCUAUCGCGUUGUGGGCAGAAACGUCACGCGCAAGCACGCAGUCUUUGGAAAGCGCGGGUACCUCCAGCCGUUCUUGAGCAUCAUCUUUGUCGGGCCCGACGCGAUCGCAGGCUCGACGAGCGGCGAGCUCUACAAGUUCAAAGGGAUUGAACUCGUGACCAUCGUGCCGGCCCACACCCGGAGCGUAGCCGCACUCUACGCGUGUACGAAUGGCUCGGUCUGCAGCGGCGGUCGUGACGGUCUCAUCAAGAUCUGGACCUCGGAGCUCGAGUGCUUGAACCAGUUCAACGUGUGCAACCAACAACCGAUCCGGUCACUGCUCUGGCAUACGGAGCGCCAAACACUGCUCGUUGGGACGCGGGAUAGCUGCGUGUACGAGAUCAAUGCGAGCGACGGUACCAUCAUGACGACCGUCAUGGACAUGCACUACCAGGGCCAGAUCCAAGGCCUGACCGUGUCGCCGACCAAGGACAAGGCCGUCACGACCGGCGACGACGGCACGCUCCGCGUCUGGGACACGUACAAGCACAAGUGCAUCCUCAAAUUUGCACUCGAUACGUCGUCGCGCGCGGUCGCGUACGCCCCCGAAGGCGCGUACUUGGCCGUCGGACUUGGCGGCGACCCGAAAAAGAACCGACACAAGAAGGACGGAACGCUUCUCAUUUACGAGGAAAAGCUCAACGACGGCGUCCUGAACAUCUUGCACGAAACCCGCGACACCAAGCAGCCAAUCUCCGUCAUUCGGUACUCCCCCGAUGGCGUCUCGCUGGUCGUCGGCGCCCAAGAUAACAUCAUUUACGUCUAUGAUGUACCCAACGAGUAUGCCAAGCGCGCGACCUUUAACAAGCACAAGAGCUUUAUCACGCACGUCGAUAUUUCGACCGACGCGCAGUACUUGCGUAGCAACUGUGGUGGCUACGAGCUCCUCUUUGCCGACUUGACGACGGGGUCCCAUGUUGCCAGUGCGACAGCGCUCAAGAACCAAACGUGGCACACGUGUUCGACUAUCUUCAACUGGUCCAACCAGGGCGCAUGGCCACCAAGUGCCAAGAAGACGAGCGUCUCGGCUAGCACGACCAAUGGAUCGUCCCUCGUCGUUGGCGACACCCAAGGCGCGCUCAAGCUCUUUCGAUUUCCUUGCGUCCGGGACGGCCUCCCGUCCAAAUCGUUUUUCGGGCACGCGGGAUCAAUCCAAGCCCUCUCGUUCACGCAGAACAAGAGCCAUCUGCUCUCUGUCGGACUCAAUGACCAUGCGGUCAUGCAGUGGAAGGCGUACUCGAUCGAGCUACCAGAGCCCGAUAAGGCCAACAGGGCCAAGGUCGUGGAUGCCGACACGGACCUCGAAACCGAGGGCUGGUUCCUCCCGACACCACUGAGCGUCAAGCCCUUUGCAGGCACCAAGCCGUACCUGACGGGGCUUGUGCCACCGACCACAGCUCCGGACGAGCCCACAGCGCCGAGCCUCAGCUUUGAGCUCGAUUUUGUCUACGGCGCGCGGCUCCAAGACAUGCGCAAUCUCGCGCAGUACUCGAAAGCCAAGCGCAUUGUGAACGCGUCCGGUCGCGUCGGCAUCAGCUACGACCGGAAGCGCCACUCGCAGGCCUUUUACACGAGCCAUGCGUCACCCAUCAUUUCGAUGGCCAUGUCCCCGGACGGCCUCGUCGUCGCGACGGGUGAAGAGAUCAUGACGGUCACCACAGCGCUCGAGUUGCCGCGCAUUCACGUGUGGGAUCCCACGGCGUGUACGCCGAUUGCGGUGUUGCCGGCGUGUCAUACCAAAGCCAUCGUGUACUUGACGUUCAAUGAGACCGCGACGCGGCUCGUGAGCGUCGGCAAGGACACGUACCACUCGCUCGUCGUCUACGGCUCGGCGUCAGGGCUUUGGCACGACGCCCGCAUUCUUGCAUCGGCCCGCACGUCCCACUUGCCGACGCGGUUCGUCACCUGUCUGCCGUACAUGCAGAGCAUGUUUGACGUGGUCUCGGGCGGCGUCGACCAUAUUUUCUUUUGGCGCCUUGAUCCCCCGAGCUUGCACCCGACAAUGGGCACGUUUGGCACCCAAGCCCAGAUCCAAACACUGACGUGCGGUGGGGCGCUGGACAAGGGCACCAUUGUCACGGGGACGCGGACAGGGCACUUGUACCUCUGGGAUUGCAAUACGUCGGUCGUCGAGCGGUCCGUGCCGGCCCACAACAGCACCGUCAACAGCCUCUUUGUGACAAAAGAAGGCGUCGUGUCCGGUAGCGCCGACGGGCACGUCAAAGUCUGGAACCGACUUUUGAACCCUGUCUGGGACUUUGACUUGUGCCAAGCCAAGCCUGCGUGCAGCAGCCCAAUUAUUCGCAGUGUCGCAUGGGACCUCGCCGAGAGUCGCUUCCUCGUGGGCACCCGCGGUGGCGAAAUCUACGAGCUCAGUCAAGCCAGCGGCGACACCAACUUGGUGCUCGAGUCCCACUACGAGCAUGGCCUCUUUGGCCUGGCAGCCCACCCGACUUUACCUCACAUCGUCGCAACGGGCGGCGAAGACUGCACCUUGCGGGUCUGGAACAGCACCCAGCACGAACUCAUCGGCAAGGUUGUCAUGGAUACGCCCAUCAAGGCUGUGACAUUCUCGGCCGACGGCAAGUCGAUUGCGAUCGGUCUCGGAAGCGCGUCGCAGGCCUCCGGGCAACUCAAGGAAGGCGCGUUUGCAGUGCUCGAUGCGACGACGCUUGAGAUCCUCCACGAAGGUCGAGACUCCAAGCAGAGCAUUAGCGACAUCAAGUUCUCGCCCGACGGUACACUUCUUGCGAUCGGCUCGCACGACAACACCAUCUACCUCCACGGGGUCAUGGACAACUACGCACUGCGCUCCAAAUGCACCAAGAGCACGGGACACAUAACGCACCUCGACUUUUCCAAAGACAGUCGGUAUUUGCGCGCCAACAGCGACGCGUUCGAGCUGCUUUACGGUACGAAGCGCUCCACAUCUAGAGUCGAAUGGGACCUUGAUGCUAGUCAAUGCGUUUGAUGGCGCUUGGAUCUCGAGCCCGUCGUCGCUUCGAGACGUCGACUGGGCCACGCACACAUGUGUGCUCUCGUGGGCGGCGCAAGGUCUCUGGGGCGACUCGCAAGACUACAUUCACGCCAUCGGCGUGGCGCCCGACGCCAAGAUGAUGGUCAGUGGCAACGACCGCGGCGAGCUCUCGCUGCACUCGUUUCCAUGCUUGUCCAAAAACAUGGCGUAUGGCGCCCUCAUGGGCCAUGGCGGCCAAAUCACGGGCGUCCUUUUCAACGCCGAUGGCACCAAGUUGUACUCGAUCGGCGGCGUCGACCGCAGCCUCUUCCAGUGGACCGUCACGCCCACGGAAGCGUCGUAAGACCUCUGCGAGCACUCGCUGCUUCUGCAUGAUACAUGAAACAAGCUUCCUGCCAACAAGACAUUGCUUUGAUAUGUCAACCUCGAGC